AUGAGAGUGCUCCUGCUGAUCACUCUGCCAGCGCUGAUCGUGGCUCAGGCUCAGUACCAGGAACCAUAUCCUUAUCUGGACCCAGUCGACUAUGGACUAGAUUAUUUUCCAGAGAAUCCAGACCUGAAGAGCUCAGACCCGGGGCUGGGGACUUACCAGCAGCAGGUCCGACUGGAGCCCGUUGUGCGUCCAGAGAAACCUGAUUCAGAGUUGGAGACUGAGCCCACCGAGCCUGGACCUCUUGACUGCCGGGAGGAGCAGUACCCGUGCACCAGGCUCUACUCGGUCCACAAGCCGUGCAAGCAGUGCCUCAACAGCCUCUGCUUCUACAGUUUGCGACGGGUGUAUAUCGUCAACAAAGAGGUUUGCGUGCGGACCGUGUGUGCGCAUGAAGAACUGCUCAGAGCGGACCUGUGCCGGGACCAGUUCUCCCGUUGUGGCGUGGCGGCUCUCAGCGGGGGCUGCGGGUCGAUAGGAGGCAGCUGUGGAAAGAGCUGCGGAGGCUGCUGA